CUGGUCCCGGCGGUAAGAUGGCGGCUACCGCGGAGUGCGAUGUGGUAAUGGCGGGGACGGAGCCUGAACUGCUGGAGGACGAAGAAGCAAAGAGGGAAGCAGAGUCCUUCAAGGAACAAGGGAACGCAUACUAUGCUAAGAAGGACUACAGUGAAGCUUACAACUACUAUACAAAAGCCAUAGAUAUGUGUCCUAAAAAUGCUAGCUAUUAUGGUAAUCGAGCAGCCACAUUGAUGAUGCUUGGACGGUUCCGGGAAGCUCUCGGAGAUGCACAGCAGUCAGUGAGAUUGGAUGACAGUUUUGUCCGGGGACACCUCCGAGAAGGCAAAUGCCACCUCUCACUUGGGAAUGCAAUGGCAGCAUGUCGCAGUUUCCAAAAAGCCCUAGAACUGGAUCAUAAAAAUGCCCAGGCACAACAGGAGUUCAAGAACGCCAAUGCAGUCAUGGAAUAUGAGAAAAUAGCAGAAGUGGAUUUUGAAAAGCGAGAUUUCCGGAAGGUUGUUUUCUGCAUGGACCGUGCCCUAGAAUUCGCCCCUGCCUGCCAUCGCUUCAAAAUCCUCAAAGCAGAAUGUUUAGCAAUGCUGGGUCGAUACCCAGAAGCACAGUUUGUGGCCAGUGAUAUUUUACGAAUGGAUUCUACCAAUGCUGAUGCUCUGUAUGUCCGUGGUCUUUGCCUUUAUUAUGAAGAUUGUAUUGAGAAGGCCGUUCAGUUUUUUGUGCAGGCUCUCAGGAUGGCUCCUGACCACGAGAAGGCUUGUAUUGCUUGCAGAAAUGCCAAAGCCCUGAAAGCCAAAAAGGAAGACGGGAAUAAAGCAUUUAAGGAAGGAAAUUACAAGCUAGCAUAUGAACUGUACACAGAAGCCUUGGGGAUAGACCCCAACAACAUAAAAACAAAUGCUAAACUCUACUGUAAUCGGGGUACGGUUAAUUCCAAGCUUAGGAAACUAGAUGAUGCCAUAGACGACUGUACAAAUGCGGUGAAGCUCGAUGAUACCUACAUAAAAGCCUAUUUGAGAAGAGCUCAGUGUUACAUGGACACAGAGCAGUAUGAAGAAGCUGUACGGGACUAUGAAAAAGUGUAUCAGACGGAGAAAACAAAAGAACACAAACAGCUCCUUAAGAACGCACAGCUGGAACUGAAGAAGAGCAAGAGGAAAGAUUACUACAAGAUCCUGGGAGUGGACAAGAACGCCUCUGAGGACGAGAUCAAGAAAGCUUACCGGAAACGGGCCUUGAUGCACCACCCAGAUCGGCACAGUGGGGCCAGCGCUGAGGUUCAGAAGGAGGAAGAAAAGAAGUUCAAGGAAGUGGGAGAGGCUUUUACCAUCCUUUCUGACCCCAAGAAAAAGACUCGCUACGACAGUGGGCAGGACCUGGAUGAGGAGGGCAUGAACAUGGGCGAUUUUGAUGCAAACAACAUCUUCAAGGCAUUCUUCGGUGGCCCUGGGGGCUUCAGCUUUGAAGCAUCUGGCCCAGGGAAUUUCUUCUUUCAGUUUGGCUAAUGAAGGGCAACUACUCAGAACCCAGAAAAUGCAGACUUGCUCAGUUUAACCAUGAAUGUGGACGGUUCACCUCCUCCAUCGUGUCCCCAUGUACUUAGAGCAGUUUCGUUUUCUCAGUUGGGUGCCCUGUGUCUGUAUGAGUGGGGUGAAGGAAAGGGAGCCAGCGCUGAGGACUGGGGAGGGGAGGGAAGCCAGGGGUAGACAGGGAGGCAGCUUGUGAAUUUUUGUUGUAUUGUUUAACUUUAUUAAAAAAGAAAAUAAAAUGUUUUGACCAUU